AUGACGGAUCAAUUACAUCAGCUUUGUGUCCCAUACGGUACUGUUCUCACACCGUUAACGUCAUUAUCAAGUUCAACUGGAUAUAAUAUGUAUGAAAACGCACAUGAUCUUCAACAACCAGAUGUUAAACGAUAUGAAAUCAAUGAUAUGUUACAAAAAAUUAUGUCGAUUGUAAAUGAACGACUCGACGAUGCACAGGAAAGAAAACAUGCAUUCAAUUCGAAUAAAGAUGAACCAUCUGAUCCUCAAUUAAUGCGUCUUGACAAUAUGUUAAUGGCUGAAGGAGUGUCAUCCAACUCGUCAACGGCAGUGAAUGCUGUGAAUGCUUCAACGAACGUCACUGGUGGAAAUGGUAAUAACCUGGAUAGUGAUUCAGCGCUAGAACAUUCAGAUUAUCGCGCAAAAUUGGCACAAAUUCGACAAAUAUACCAUGCCGAGCUGGAGAAAUAUGAACAACAUUGCAAUGAUUUUUGUAGUCAUGUAGUGACGUUGUUACGUGAACAAAGUCAAGCUCGUCCGAUUACAGCCCGUGAAAUAGAUCGUAUGGUCGAUAUUAUUCGCAAAAAAUUUAGUUCAAUACAAUUACAAUUAAAACAGUCGACAUGUGAAGCUGUCAUGAUUCUACGUUCGAGAUUUCUUGAUGCAAGAAGAAAACGUCGAAAUUUUAGUAAAACAGCCACAGAAGUGUUGAAUGAAUAUUUUUAUUCACAUUUAAGCAAUCCUUAUCCAAGUGAAGAUGCGAAAGAAGAACUUGCUCGAAAAUGUGCAAUAUCUGUUUCACAAGUUAGCAAUUGGUUUGGUAACAAACGAAUUCGUUAUAAGAAAAAUAUUGGCAAAACUCAGGAAGAAGCAAAUAUGUAUGCAGCUAAAAUUGCCUCUCAAGCUGCUCGACAAGGACAUAGUGGUAGAGAUAGUCCAGGGGAACAUUGUUCAAAAUUACACAAUAAGCCAACGUUUAGUCAAACAAUUUUGAUGAAAAAUUUAUAUUUAAGUUUAGAAAAUAGCUCACAAAAAGCUGACAAAUCCAUGGGUGAUAAUUUAACAGAAGAAAAAGUUCAAGAACAUUUUGAUGACACAUUCGAAGAAUUAUUUAUUGAACUAGAAAAAAAAUACGGUGAAAUCGAAGAAAUGAAUAUUUGCGAUAAUCUAAGUGAACAUUUGGCUGGUAAUUGCUAUGUGAAAUUUCGCUUUGAAGAAGAUGCGGAAAAAGCUGUUGGAGAUUUAAAUAAUCGUUGGUUUGAUGCACGAGCAAUCUAUGCCGAAUUAUCGCCAGUAACCGAUUUUCAUGAAGCAUGCUGUCGACAAUAUCAAAUGGGUGAUUGUCCACGAGGUGGUUUCUGUAAUUUUAUGCACUUAAAACCCAUUUCAAAAGAUUUACGAAAACGCCUAUAUCAACGUCGCCAGAAAAAGGCGGGUGGAGGUAACGCUUUAACACCACCCCAUGAAAAAAACUCACGUUCAAGAAGUCGCGAGAGAGAUAAUCGUGAUCGACGUCGUUAG